GGGGCUCUCUGUGUGGAGAUCAGACGCUGCUGGUUUCAGAGGAGCAGCACAGGAAGAGGCAGAGUUCACAUCGUGCUGGAGCCUCUGGGGUGAAAGCAGACGGCUUGUGACAAUUGGUGCGCCGGUCCGCCUUCUCCUGGACGGGUAUUACUUUUCCAUCCUGCGGCCGCACUGUGUUGACGUCCUGCUUCUGAUUUUGAGCGUGGCGGCUCCCGGCGUGGCCUAGCCAUUGGUGCUAGUGGCAGUGGUGAGCUACAGGGCUGCAUGCCAUGGGCUGUGUCUUCUCUCUGCCAGAAGACAGGAUAGAUGCUGCUGAAAGACCCCCUGCCACACGAGAGACCAGUUUCAUUGAGAAAAUGAAGAAAACGGGAAAGAACAUCAUUGUGUUCUACGGCUCCCAGACGGGCACAGCAGAGGAGUUCGCCAACAGACUGUCCAAAGACGCUCAGCGCUACGGCAUGAAAGGAAUGGCUGCUGAUCCAGAGGAGUAUGAUAUGGGGGAACUCUCCCGUCUGUCUGAGAUCGAGAACUCCCUGGCCAUAUUCUGCAUGGCCACGUACGGCGAAGGAGAUCCAACAGACAAUGCUCAGGACUUCUACGACUGGCUGCAGGAGAACGACGACGAGGACCUCUCCAAACUAAACUACACUGUGUUUGCUUUGGGCAAUAAGACGUACGAACACUACAACGCCAUGGGAAAAUAUGUGGACAAAAGGCUGGCCGAGCUGGGAGCCACUCGCAUCUUUGAUCUCGGUUUGGGAGACGAUGACGGCAAUUUGGAAGAGGACUUCGUCUCGUGGAGAGAGCAGUUCUGGCCGGCCGUCUGUGAGCACUUUGGAGUUGAAGCUUCGGGAGAUGAAUCCAGCAUUCGGCAGUACGAGCUGCAGGAGCACACGGACAUCAACAUGAACAAAGUGUUCACUGGAGAGUUCAGUCGCCUGAAGAGUUUUGAGAUCCAGAAGCCGCCCUUUGAUUCGAAAAAUCCUUUCCUGGCCCCAGUCACGGUCAACCGCAAACUCAACAAGGCCGGUGACAGACAUCUCAUGCACCUUGAACUGGACAUAACGGGCUCCAAGAUCAGGUACGAGUCCGGCGACCACGUUGCUGUUUUCCCAACAAACGACUCUGCGCUGGUGAACAAGCUGGGACAAAUCCUUGGAGUGGACCUUGAUGUUGUUAUCUCUCUCAACAACCUUGAUGAGGAGUCGAACAAGAAGCACCCGUUCCCGUGCCCAACCAGCUACCGCACAGCCCUCACACACUACCUGGACAUCACUCACCCUCCUCGCACCAACGUCCUGUACGAGCUGGCACAAUACGCCUCCGACCCCAAACACCAGGAAACCCUGCGCAAGAUGGCCUCCUCCUCCCCCGAAGGGAAGGCUCUCUACCAGAACUGGGUGUUGGACGCCUGUAGAAAUAUUCUGGCCAUCCUGGAGGAUAUGCCGUCUUUAAGGCCUCCCAUCGACCACCUGUGUGAGCUGCUGCCUCGUCUCCAGGCUCGCUAUUAUUCCAUCGCCUCCUCCUCUAAAGUUCACCCCAACAGCAUCCACAUCUGCGCCGUGGUGGUGGAGUACACGACCAAGACGGGCCGACUCAACAAGGGGGUUGCCACCAACUGGUUGAAAAACAAACUGGUGACCGACAACGGCCACAAGUCCACCGUCCCCAUGUACAUCCGCAAGUCCCAGUUCCGCCUGCCCUUCAAGGCCACCAGCCCCGUCAUCAUGAUCGGACCCGGCACCGGGAUCGCCCCCUUCAUGGGCUUCAUUCAGGAGAGAGGCUGGCUCAAAGAGCAAGGGAAGGAGGUUGGAGAGACCGUGUUGUACUUUGGCUGCAGGCAUAAGAAUGAGGACUACAUCUACCAGGAGGAGCUGGAGGAGGCAGAGAAGAACAACGUCUUAACGCAGCUCAAUGUGGCUUUCUCCCGAGACCAAGAACACAAGAUUUACGUGCAGCAUCUUCUGAAGAACAAUAAAGAGAACAUAUGGAAGCUGGUUCACUCAGAGAACGCUCAUAUCUACAUCUGCGGGGACGCAAGGAACAUGGCUAAAGACGUGCAGACGGCUUUACACGAGAUCGCAGAGGAGCUGGGAGGCAUGACGCGCACCCAGGCCACAGAUUAUAUCAAGAAACUCAUGACCAAGGGACGCUACUCACAGGAUGUGUGGAGUUAAGAGGCUCGACUCUCGCGCCUCUCUUUUCUACACAAGUUGUAGUUCAGAAGGUUUUUUUUUUCUAUUGUUUGUCUUAUUCAAGACUGAAUAUUAAAGGAUUCCACACUUUUCUCACUUACCCUCUUUCAUGUGAGUUACCGGUAGCAGAAGAUCAUGAAGCAAACCAGACCUCAGCAGGCUUUUUAAAAGUCACCUAGCAGUUUUAAUCUGUAUUUCCUUCUUGAGUAUUCUACUUUGUUUCUGGACCUGCACUCAAAGGUUCUCUUUUUUGUGAGAAUAGCAAGUGGUUGUUAUUCUACACUAUCAGUUUCCCACUUUAGAUCCCAGAAAGUGCAAAAGUCAGUGUGAGUCGGUGUUUUUCCUGUUAUUCCUGGUGCUUUGGUGUUUGGAAGUCUGGCCGCAGAUGCUCAGAAUGUCUUGACUUAAUAAAUAAAACGAGACGGCCGCACACGCAGCACAGACUUUGGCUAAUUUUACUUUGAGGGAAAUGUUUCUGGAACCAUCAUAGUGGACAACAGUGCGUCGUUUGCGUGGGUGACGUGUUCCUGUUGCUGCAGCAGCACUCAGAAGAUUCAGAUAAGAAACAAUGCUGGCUUUAGUUUUUCUCUGAAGUGAUCUAAUCGUGCUUUCGAAUUACUGGGAAUGUAUGAAGCAUUUUUAAAAGUUAUGUGGUGUCAUUAACAGGCAGCAUAGGUACAGUAACGUGUUUACCUUUGUGUUUUGACAAGGGAGUUUGCCUUUUUAUGCAUAAGUUACGGUUCAUUUUAAUCAGUACUGAUAAUGUUUUAGAGAGCGAUGCAGCAGGGGCUGUGUGAGUAUACACAAACAUGAGAUUAUUCCCACUUUUUGCCUGCCUUUUAACAUAAUGAAAAUGAAUUCCUUUUAAUAUCUGCGACAGAAUAUUCUGCCCUCUCAGACGACUGUAUGUUUUAUAUGCAUCUCACCGAUGAGGUUUGUUAUGCAGUCGCAAAUCUCUCAUGCAACCACCUUGCUUUUUUCUAUAUUUUAUCUUAUGCUUUUCUUUUUAUCUGAAUGCAUAUGCACCACUACAAGGAGAAAAUGAUAUCAGUUCUUUUUUUCGUUUUGUUUUGUUUUUGAGCAUCUCAGUCUGUCACUGCUCUCCGCAGUACCUCUGGUCAGUUCGUGCCGAUCUGACACUGCCUUAUUUGUGACGUUAACAUUUGAUCUGAUGUCUCAUUGUUGUUUUUUCACCCCCUCCAGGCCUAAUAUAGAAACUGAUAUCAUCGGAGUCACUUUACCUGGCGCUGUCACUUUUAUUUCUCUUUAAAGUGUAAUUAUUUGAUUUUUAUGGAGGCAUGCAUUUUGUAAUAAAUUCAAUUGAAAUAAACAAUAAUGACAAUGUUCA